AAUCAAACCGCCAGCUUUGCUGGACUGCAUGUCCCUCCGCUUGACGCGCUCCUAUCGUCUUCAACUGCGUUCGUGGCGAGCCAUGAGUGCUUCCCCCAGCACUGGCAGCAUCUCCUCGUCCUCCUCAUCUUUUUUCAGCGUCAAACGCACCUUUGAAGCGACCGAAAACGCCAAUAACCCAAUGGAGACCAAAGUCCGAAGGCACCAGAGCCAUUUGCCAGACGACCAUGCGCUCUCUAUGGAUUCAGGUAGUGCAAAUAACACCGAAGACGACGAGCGAGGCGGUCCUAAGACGCUGGAGCAGCUACAACUGCGUAUUCUGAGCAAGGACGAACACUUUGUGGUGCUGAAUAAAGGUCCAGAUGAACGGAUGGACGGUGCAUUUGACGUAACAUUGGAGAAAGCGGUAAGAAGCAUGUUGCAUUUAGUGAAGAAAGCAAACCUUUGACACAAUUACUGAGAAUAUUUUGGACGUUGUGGUGGUAGUUGGCAAGAGAUUUCCCACAAGUCGAAAAGUUCCGAUGGAUUCACCAAUUGGACUUCGGUACCGCUAAAUUCAAAGGGGGAGUAUGAUAAUAUGGCUACUGACAGCGCGCUGGUGAUUGUAUUUACAGCGACGUCAGGUGUGUUGGUCGUUGGAGCAAAUAAAGAAGCGACGGCGACAGGAUGCCGACUGUUUCGUGAGAAGCAGGUGCAGAAGGAAUAUUUGGCGGUAGUACAAGGGCAUUUACCAUUCAACCCUGCGGAUAGUGUUGAUACUGCUGGUGUGCCUGCAAAAGCCUGUACUUUUUCAAAGUUGGGUUUGCUGAUCCAAGACAUGGAAGAAAUGGAGAGGUUGAGGAACCAACAGCGAGGUUCGAGGGCACACCAGAAGAUGCCAGGAUAUCCGCGUGGAGCACGCCAUGGACCGAACUUGUUUACGAUGGAGCAAGCUCGGCUUCUACGUGAGAGUCAAGGAGAUUCGAGAGGUGAAGUGCGAGGCACUAGCAAUGGAGCUGGAACACGGGAGCUGACACCAGCGGAGUUGGCGUUCACGAAGAUGACAUGGCACGACUUGACUAAGGAGGAGAAGGAUGCAUACACGGAGAAGGCAAAGGCAGAUAAGCAGCGCUUCCUAAAGGAGUUAAGUGAGUUUCUAAGUCAGGAAAAGGUCCGACUGGCUCGUAAGCGCAAUUACGAGAGUCUUGAUCGUGAAGACAGCGAGGAGCCAGUUGCUUACAUUUUCGACGCACCAAUUAUCGAGCCACACCGAAGUACCGGCGUCUUCCGCAUGUUGGUGGGUACUGAGGCUGACGCAGCAGCCAAACAGUCCACCACGAUUUGCUUUGUCUUGGGCCACGCAAUGUACGAAGGAGAACCUGUCACGAAGGUGUUGUUGCGUCCACUGAAUGGCCGUCGACACCAACUGCGACUUCACAUGGCGCACCAUGGCUUCCCUAUCGCGGGUGAUGUCACCUACGGCUCCCAAGAGGAUGAAGCGCCACGGAUGAUGUUGCACGCCUGGAGGAUUUGGCUUCGCGGACGUCCAGCAGAUCAGAAAAAGUAUGGUGAUCUUUACUUCGAGAGUCCUGAUCCCUUCGAGCUCAUGGUGCCAAGUGAACGUCGAGUGUGCACUAUUACGUACCGUAAACACAAGGAAGCCGAGGCCAUCAAGGCAGCUGAAGCGAACGAGAAAUCCUGAGAUCAGAGCACUUAAACACCAGCUUCAUCCAGCUGAUGCAGUACUCCAAUUACGUCCACUGUGGAUGGAUGCUCAGGACCCUACGUGCGGUUUGCUGAUCAGUUCAUAUUGUACAAAUACGGCGAAUAGAGUAAUAGAAAAAAAAACUCACCAGUGCAUCGACAUAGAUGUCCAGCGCCUGUUUCACG